AUGGAAACUACAGCUUCAAAGAGGAGCGAACUCACAAGCAAUGUCCAAAUUCCAUCCACUUCAAGGUCAAUAAUCCCUCCUCCACUUCCCCAAGAAAUCAUCUUCCUCAUACUCUCGAAGCUGCCCGUGAAGUCACUGUUGCGAUUCAGUGCAGGUAUAUUUGUUAAAGGGAAGCUUCAUUGGACCUCAGUUGCUAGUGUUUAUGAGCUCAAUGACGACAGUAGAUGCAGCAUCAUUUGUUUCGAUUUAGCAAAUGAGACACGGGGAAUGGUGGAGCAACCCAAUUAUGGAGAAUGCAAAUUUAGUUUGAUGCCGGGAGCUUUUGGAAGUGAUCUUGCCGUGAUUUGUAACCAUGAGGGAAGUCAUUCUGAUGUGUGGGUUAUGAAUGAUUAUGGAGUUGAAGCAUUUUGGACGAAGAUGUUCACCAUUAACUGUCCUGAUGAUCCUGGGAAUUAUGUGCAUUAUCGACCCUUUGCCAUGUCAUUUUCACCGCCGAUUUGCCAGUCAAAUAAGGGUGAAAUUUUACUUUUGUAUCGGUCAAUUUUUAUGAUAUACAAUCCAAAGGAUGAUUCAAUCAGACAACCAGAGGUUACUAAAUUUGAGAGCUGUUUUGAAGCAGAAAUCUGCGUUGAAAGCCUUGUUAGUCCCUCGUUGGUUGCUGACCGGGGACACGGUUUUGGAUACUGGAGUUUACAACAAAGCAGUUGAUUAUAUCAGUUCACUAGGAAUGUUGGGCAAACUUUAUAUUAUAGUCUAGGGAUGUUAACUAUAACUUCUUUUGCUAAGGGGUUGUGUAAACAAUAUUGUGGCUUAUUACGUCAUGGCGAUACUAAUGGGAUGUUAACCAUUUUCUGUAAUUAAAUACU